AGUGGCAGGUGGAGAGCUGCCGUCUCUCGGUGAAUCGCAGGCAAUACAGGGGCCAGAUUUAAUUUAGCGUAUGCAGCGAUUCCAUAGCAAGAUGCGACUCAUACACAGACAUUAACCAUGUUCACGUAACCUGGCGUUAGACGUGGAGUUCGGAAAGACAAGAAAAACUGGAAAAUCAGCUCCCAGCCCGGCCAGGGGGGGGAAAGCAGACCACGCCACCCGGCUUCCGGGGAUUGAGGGGCCGCAGCGGUUGACGGCAGACGUCGGUCGGUCGGUGGCUCGAGGCGGAGGAAAGACGGCGCGAGCGUUCAACGUCGGCGCGGACAUCCACCGCUCGAUUUCGGCCACUUUCGAGAUGUCAAGAAAGCUGCACAGGACAGAAGUGUGCGCUGACUGCAGUGCGCCAGACCCCGGCUGGGCCAGCAUCAACCGAGGGGUCCUGAUCUGCGAUGAGUGCUGCUCCGUCCACCGCAGCCUCGGCCGCCACAUUUCCAUAGUCAAGCACCUGAGGCACAGCGGAUGGCCUCCGACACUACUGCAGAUGGUCCAGACUUUGGCCAGUAACGGAGCCAACUCCAUAUGGGAGCACAGUCUGCUGGACCCCGCACAGGUGCAGAGCGGACGGAGGAAACCCAACCCUCAGGACAAGGUCCACACCACUAAGUCAGAGUUCAUCAGGGCCAAAUACCAGAUGCUGGCAUUCGUGCACAAGCUUCCUUGUCGGGACGAUGACGGCGUCACUACGAAGGAUCUCAGCAAGCAACUUCACUCGAGUGUGCGGACCGGGAGUUUAGAGACGUGUCUUCGCCUCCUGUCCCUCGGCGCCCAGGCCAACUUCUUCCACCCGGAGAAAGGCACCACCCCGCUUCACGUGGCAGCGAAGGCAGGGCAGAUCCUGCAGGCGGAGCUGCUGGUCGUGUACGGCGCCGACCCCGGAGCUCCCGACAUCAACCGCCGCACGCCCAUGGACUAUGCCAGGCAGGCCGGCCACGUCGAGCUAGCAGAGCGUCUGGUAGAGUGUCAGUACGAGCUGACGGACAGACUCGCCUUCUACCUGUGCGGCCGGCGGCCAGAUCACAAAAAUGGCCAUUAUAUCAUUCCACAAAUGGCGGACAGAGCUCGUCCUAAGUGCCCGACACAGAGUCUUGAUCUCUCUGAACUUGCCAAGGCUGCCAAGAAGAAGCUGCAAGCGCUGAACAACCGGUUGUUUGAGGAACUAGCCAUGGACGUGUACGACGAGGUGGACCGCAGGGAAAACGAUGCAGUGUGGUUGACGACACAGAACCACAGCACUCUGGUAACCGAACGGAGCGCGGUGCCGUUCCUGCCGGUCAACCCGGAAUACUCCGCCACACGAAACCAGGGUCGUCAGAAGCUGGCCCGUUUCAACGCUCGGGAGUUCGCCACGCUCAUCAUCGACAUCCUGAGCGACGCCAAGCGGAGACAGCAGGGGAAAGGACUCAGCAGCCCGACAGACCCUCUGGACCUGGGCAUAGACGAUGACGAGCACGACUACGACAACGUAGCUUCUGACGAGGACACCGACAGCGAGCUGACCGCCCAGAACAACAACAACACGCAACGCAGUAACCGAGCAAAGAGCAUGGACUCGUCCGACCUGUCAGAUGGUCCCAUCACCCUGCAGGAGUACCUGGAGGUAAAGAAGGCCCUGGCCUCCUCAGAAGCCAAGGUGCAGCAGCUGAUGAAGGUCAACAACAACCUGAGUGAGGAGGUGCGGCGGCUGCAGAAGGAGAUCACCCGGAUGCAGACAGAGAACAGUGCGUUACGGGGGGGCCAGCAGGCUGGGGGGGCAGCCGGCCACGGGGUCGGGGGCCCCGGUGGAGGAGGGGGAGGUCACUGGGCAAGUGGCGGGACGUUCGGAGGAGUUGUCGGCGGGGGUUUGGGCGGGUUCGGUUCAGGAGCGGACCCCACGGGGCUCUCCGCGCCCCCCGCAGCCAACCCUCACCCCCACCUCUACCGCAGGGAACGGCAAGCCAUCUCAAUGUAUGAGCCGGGGGCGGCCCCUGGGCCCGCGGCCCACGGCCCCCCAGCCCUGGACUCCCUCGCAGCCCGCCUGCAGCCCCUCAACACACCCAGCGUAAGGAAGGGUGGCAUCAGUGGUCCAGCACCGUAUGGAGUCCAGCAUGUGUCUGGAUCCACAGAGAUGGGCAGAUACAUGGUGUCCAAACCGGAGAAGCACGGCAGUGGCACGGACAGCGACUAUGACAACACACACGACCAUUUACAAAGCAUCGGCCGGAGCAGCGAAGAAGAGGGCCGUGGCGACUCUGAGGAGGGAGGGGGCGGGGAGGCCGGCGAGCCGGACCCCACCCUACCGUGCACAGAGGAUGUAAUCUUGAAGACGGAGCAGGUGACCAAGAACAUCCAGGAGCUGCUGAGGGCCGCUCAGGAGUUCAAACACGAGAGCUUCGUUCCAUGUUCGGAGAAGAUCCACUCGGCUGUCACUGAGAUGGCCUCGCUCUUCCCCAAACGGCCGGCUCUGGACGCGGUCCACUGCUCGCUGCGCCUGCUGGCCUCCAGCGCCUCGCGGCUGCAGGUGGAGUGUCGCAAGGCGGCGCCCUCGGAGCCCGGCGCCCCGGCGGUGGACUACCAGCUGCUCACCCAGCAGGUCAUCCAGUGCGCCUAUGACAUCGCCAAGGCCGCCAAGCAACUGGUCACCAUCACGACGCGCGAGAAGAAACAGUGACCGAGCGAACGCAGGGACGGGACCGAGACAAGAGAGACGGCCGCAUUGGGAGGGGGCUUUCAGGGGGAAAGGAGAGAGAGAGCAACGACACGAGACUGCAGACGGAGGGGGCCGGUGGCGUGACGGACGGGAGGAAGCAAAGUUGUUCUCAAACGGCAGAAGGUGAAACGCCACAAGGGUGGAAGUGAAAGUAGGGGAGGACAAGGAGGGAGCGUCCGUUAAAUCUGAUGUUGGGAGAUGUACAGUGAACUGGAUCCUGAGACCAUACUGCUUUAUUUAUUUUUUUGUCCCACGUUGUCCGUCCCUCUGGCGCUCAGCCACCUUGGGAGGGAGGCAGGGAGGAAAUCCUGCCACAGAGAGAUAAAAGCGGACGGAGCCACGCCUCCGGCACGACGUCGUCGUCGUCCCACCAGGAGUCAGGGCAUUCGUCCUCUCCUUUCCCCGCUCCUCCUUCCCCCCCCCUUCUGCGUCGCCACGCCGACAGGGCAGGACGAGCCGGAGGUGCCGGGGAGGACGCGCCUCCUCACGUCGAGGAGCUUUUCUUCCAACCCAUCGAUGUCUUGUUCUUGGUGGUGCACCGCAUGAUGUGGCAUGUUUUUCUUUCUUUUCUUUUCUUUCUUUUUCUUUCUGAAUCCGCAGAUCAGCUCGAUUUGCAUCUCUAAAGACUGUUUUAUUUCUUCGUCGACUGACUUAAGAAACACUGGAAUAAUUAUGAUUUAUCAUGCCUGUUGUUUUUUUGUUUUUUCUAUUGCUAAUUUUACUGUUAUUUUGAUUUAACUACUUUGAGUUUAUUUUAUUGUUAAAAUAAAUUGUGAUUUUAGCAGGGAGACAGCUGGGAGCAUGCCCCCCCACAGGGAGAUGAACACUUUUUUUUUUUUCCAUACUAUGUCUUGUGGCCAAGGGGUUAAAACAGUUGCCAAAGGAGAGCGUAGUUAAUUUUCCUUCAAAGCAGGGGGCCCCCCUUCGCCGCAUCGUCCACACAACUGGAUUUUUUUUUUUUUUUGUGCUCGACUUGUCCUGAAAAAGGCUCCAUCUCAUUUAUAGAGAGCCAGUGGAAUCAUCUCAGAAUCAUUCGCAGUGCCAAGUGAGAUAAUGAUGAUAAAAAAACAACAUUUGGUCCGGUUUGUUUACGAGGGAGAAGCUGGCAGCCAUUAACCUGCAUGCAUGCUAGCAAACUCAACACUACGUAAUGAUUGGGAUUUUACUAGAGCCGCAGAAAGCACUACACGUGGCCACCUGCAGCGCAAAAAACCUUAUUUUAUGUCCUGCGUUUAUGGGGGGGCUUGAUUCGCUUUGCCAUGUGUUGUUUUUCACUAGCAGGACUGUCUGGCAAGCACAAUCAGGCACACGAUCUGUUUCCCAGCUCAGAUGGCCUGCCGGUCUGGGCCACAGAUGUUGUCUUCGUUCCUGAACUCUGCCAACAGGAGACAGCGUUGGGAACAAAUGUGUUUUUCUCUCUUUUUGUUUUGUUUUUUUAAUGUUUAUUUAGUGCACUUUCCCUACUGAGCGGUCCCAGCUCGUCGUACUGUGCCGAACAAAUUCGCUCGUUUCCGUAAGGACGGAUGCUGAUGAGAUCCUUUCUCCAUCCUGCCUGUAGGUUAAACGGCACCGCUGCCUUUUAGCAGGACAGCGCGUUUAGCUGCGCCGCUUUGUCUGCCUGAUUCCCCCCAUUUGUCCUGUGAUGCGGCGGACCCUCCCUCAGCCCCCCCCAACCCAACCCCCGCAUGACUGAACACUGUUUAGGGAAAGUUGAAUCUCAUCCACCUGAAUCUCUUCUCAAGCUACGGUUGGAUAGCGAACGCCUUUGCACAUCGUCUUCAUCAUCUCCUGUUCGACUGACUGAGUUUUAGUGAUUUUUUUUAAUUUUUAUGUUUGUUGUUGUUGUUUUUGACUUGACUGACAAGCAAAAAUGGGGGCCAGAAGAAGAAGAAGAA